GUGACCAUUGAAUGUAUUUUGUAAAUUGUAAAAGUACUGAUAGGAACAUGUAUAAAAUAUCUUUGUAUGAUAUAUUUGUGUGUAUUUAUAUUACUAAAAAUCUAUAUGAAAAAUAAGGUUAUGUUUUGAAUAUAUAUCUUGAAAGUAAGUAUAUUAUAAAUAAAUCAUUAUGGAAGUUAUAUGGAAUCACAUACAGUUAGAACGCCCGCCAAAUGUAACUUGCCAUGUUAGGCAUCAAAAAUUUGAUACAACAGCGUUUUUAACAACAUUAGAGAAAGUUAUAAAUGAUUUAACUUCUCAAGAUUUAUUACACAAGGAAGCAGCAAUUUUAAGCAGAAUAAUUUACCGUAUGAAAACCAAAUUUCGGAAUGACAAGGGUGUUAAAUCUAUGCUUAAAGUGAAUAAAGUCCUACUCAACUACCUCUCUUUACAACUUAAAAAAGAAUAUGAAAAUUUGAAAAGCUUUGUUGAAAUAAAUAAUAAUUAUGUUAUAUUACCUAGUAAACAAAUGGUAGAAUAUGUAUUGGUUAGAACACAGGGUUUUGCAAAGCUCAUGUUACGCCUGGAAGAAGUUUCAAAACAUUCUGCACAUUACCUCAAAAGUAGAAUGGGUAUAGGUCAUGCUUGGAUUAUUGCUGUUAUUGCAUAUGCUGUUGUUAGCAGAAUAUGGCUUUUAUCAAGACAUUUAGUUAAGCAAUCUUGUACAUGGUACAAUGAUUUAUAUGGAUAUUUAAAAUCAUUCAAUAUUUCUGGAGUUUCCUGGCUUCCUGAUAACUAUGAACUUCCAAGUGAUUUAAAGUUAUGGUUGUCAGUGCCAUGGAUAGAUGAACCUAUCCCAAGUGUUCCUAGUAGUUAUGGAUUACAAAAUUCAAUGUUUAAACUCAUCAUACCACAUGAAUAUGAUUCUGAUGAAGAUACAAGCUUUAAUAUGCAAUACAAUACGGAAAAAACGAAUUCUGAAAAUGAAUCAUUACUGAUAGAAAAAGAAAAUGUCACUUCUAGUGUGGUACCAAUGAGUGAGAACAAAAGUAUUGUUCCUGAUGUUGAUACAGGAGAAGUUAUAGAUCGCCGUACUUUCUACAAUCUUAAUCAUCAAAAAAAAGAUUUCAAAACUGUAAAUGAUAAAGAUACAAGCCCAAAACAACAGAAUUUUCCUAAAAAGAAAAGUGUAGAAAAAUUAUUAACAUUUGAUAAUGUUAAAAUUAAAUCAGAUUUAGUAAUGUUAUUAAAUAGGGAAUCAUAUUCUGGUUUAGAUAAGUUACAAUGGAAUAUAAUUAGAAAUAAAGGUAAAAAAUUAUUAAAUAAAUUAGAUUCCUGUUCCACUGAAUCAAAGCGGGCAGUUUUAUUAAAAAAGGUAACGAAACGUAUACAGUCGUGGAUUACUUAAAUACAGUAUGUAACAA